AUGCAACAACAUAUUUAUCAAUAUCAACAGAUCCAACAAUUUCAACAACCACAACCAAUGCAAGUGAUAAAACCUAAUCAACCAGUACCACGACUACAAAAAAAUAUAAGACCAAAGCUGUCUUUAGCAGCGCAUGAUACAUAUCAACCACAACAAAUUCAACUUGCCCAGCAGGUUCAACUGAAUGAUCAAACAAAUGGUAAUCCAAAUGUUCAUCGAUCAAAUAUCCAAUCAAAUGAUAUUGAAAUAAUAGAUAUUUCUCCACCAAAUACACCUACAACGAUCAAUGUAUCAUCAUAA